GCGGCAGUUGCAGAGUUAAAAAAGGGGAAGUGAGAAAUGGAGGCGGCCGUGUUCAUCUUAUCACUCGUUGACUGUUGUGCUUUAAUAUUCCUCUCUGUUUACUUUAUCAUUACUUUAUCUGAUCUAGAAUGUGACUACAUCAAUGCUCGAGCCUGCUGCUCAAAGUUAAACAAAUGGGUUAUACCUGAGAUGAUAGGUCAGGCUCUGGCCACUGUGUUAAUGCUGGUUUCCAUGCACUGGUUUGUGUUCCUUCUCAACCUGCCUGUGGCAGCGUGGAAUGUUUACAGAUACGUGAAGGUUCCAAUGGGGAACAUGGGAGUCUAUGAUCCGACAGAGAUUCACAACAGAGGUCAGCUGAAGUCCCACAUGAAGGAAGCCAUGAUCAAACUGGGCUUCCACCUUCUCUGCUUUUUCAUCUACCUGUACAGCAUGAUCCUGGCACUGAUCAAUGACUGACCCGCAGCAGUCUUUAUAACACCGCCUGCCAAAUCAUAAACUGACCUUUAGGUAUUGUGAAACAAGCUCAAGUUUACCAGUCAGAAGAACAGCCCCAUCUCUCCUCAAGACAUCAUAUCACUUUAUAGACAACUACAACUCAAUUCUGGUGACCACAACCCCUGGAUGAACAGUGUUUUCUGAUCAUUUGCUAUGUAUUUGUUUAAUUUUGUUUAUUGGACUUAAAUGAUCUUGCACUGCUUCUCAGGGCUGAAGCAUCAAGACAAUCGCACUGUGCUCGGCAAAUUUACUGAACGCACACAGUUGAUUUUUACGAAUGCGUCCGGGUCACAAAGCCCAAAUAAUAAAAUAUAUUCUGUUUUUACAUAAAUAAAAUAAAGCCUAUUUUUAAAAAAUAAAUAAGAGGUUUUAGAUUGUGAUGUUCACCUCAAAUACUUAUUACUUGUAAUGUGACCACACAUUUGUUUUUUAAAUUAUUAUUAUGCUUAUUGUCAUAAAAACUAUCACAAUUCAAAAAGUAGGCUUUGUUUUAUUUUUUCUUGAUAUGUUUUGUGAUAUUCACUGACACAUGCACCUGAUUGUUUUUUUUUUCAAAUUUGAUUUAUCACCUGUAUGCAUUGUGGUUUAAGAACUAGAUGAACCAUUAUCAAAUUAUCUGUAUUAUUGUAAGAUUUUCUUUCAUUUGAAGCUUUUAGGUUUUAAAAUUUGUCACAUUAGAUUUUAGAUGUAAACUUUGUCUUUGGUUGUACUGUUUUCGGGUUUUGGCUGUCAAAGUGUACAUUGUAAGAUUACAUUUGUGCCUCCUGCAUUUCAUUCUGUAGUCAGAUUUUAUCAGUCAGUCAAGUGUUUGGUGAAUUCACAAAAACAAAACCUGUCAAUAACAUAUUUCUUUAACUUUUUUAUAUUAAUACAUAUAAAUAUGGUUAAUUGUAGUAAAAUAUUCGCAAUGCAAAAUAAUUUUUCACUUCUAAAACAGUUAUGCAAGAUCUAAUUUCUGUAACAACAGCAUUUUUAGGGUUAAUUCCUGCUGGGUAACCAGACAUAGGUGUGUGGUGACAGGUUGUGUGUUUUAUAUAAGCACUCCAUUCCCCUAGUUAAGUUAAACACUACACAGCUCUGGUGAUGAUGGGUCCAGCUGAUGAUCUUCAUUUAUUAAACAGUGUUGUCCUGCAUUGGGACAGCUGUCGAAUAGCCCUGUUCAACAGCACGUCUCAAUGAGUGUCGAGUGGUCGUGCGUUUCUUCAUCUGGAAUUGAGUUUGGUUUGUGAGAUUUUGUCAACACUUUCUUUUGUGCAUUUACUGUUAUGGGGUUUAAUAAAAAAAUUGACCAAUUGUCA